AUGGAGUCCUGGACCCAGCUCCGGCGCCGGUCAACAGGCCUCUUCGCCCACGUCCACCAGAGCCUCCCCUCGAUGCCGCGCCUCGGCAGGCCCUCGUCGUCACGGAAACAACACGGCGCCAUCAGGGCAACGUGGCAGCGCGUCGACGGCCUGCCGCUGUUGCCGCGCUCCUCGCACUCGCUCGACGUCGUCGCCGGCGCCGCCUACAUCUUUGGCGGCGAGCUUAGCCCCCGCGAGCCCGUCGACAACGAUAUGCUGGUCAUUAGUUUGCCGUACAGCAGCGCCGGCGCCGACUACUACAAGGUCAAGGCUGUCGCAGCAAAGGGCGAUGAGCGCCCAGCGUUUGAGGAGCGCUAUGAUGCCGGGGAGCAGCAGCAGAAUGAGGAGGAGACGCCGGGCCAGAGGGAUCUGCAAGAUGUCCCGCUCGGGGAGAACCCGCCGGCCAACAAGGGCAAGGAACCCGCCACGGCCGAGGACCAGCAACCGUCCGUGUCCAACCCCGGCGACGUCCCGGCCCCUCGCGUCGGUCACGCCACCGCCGUCAUCGGCUCGCGUAUCUUCCUCUUCGGCGGCCGCGGCGGCCCGGACAUGACGCCCCUCGACGAGGCCGGCCGCGUCUGGGUCUUCGACACGCGCUCCCGCACCUGGACCCAUCUCGACCCCGUCCCCGCCGUCACACCGGGUGCCGCCGCCGUCCCUCACCCGGCAGCCCGCAGCUACCACUGCGCCGCCGCGACAGAGCACCCGCGCGACCUCGGCCACCCCUCGGCGCCCCGCAAGCCGCAGACGUGGCGCCAGUGGGCCGUCGGGGACUCGGCUCGCACCGGCAUCCCCCAAGACCCCGUCGUCGGCAGCGUCGCCGAGGAGGCCGUCGACUACGACUCUGAGGGCUACGGCACCUUCCUGGUCCACGCGGGCUGUCUCGCCGACGGGGAGCGCACCAGCGACCUAUGGGCCUUUGACGUCGCCUCGCGCACCUGGACCGAGCUCCCCGCCGCCCCGGGCCCGCCCCGCAGCGGCACUGGCAUGUGUAUCAGCAAGAGUCGCCUCUUCCGCUUCGGCGGCUUCGACGGCGCCAGCUCGCUCGGCGGCCAGCUCGACUUCCUACCCCUCGAGCUCGAGACGUUUGACGACAGCACCGCCAAGGCCGAGGUGUCCAUCGCCGCCCGCGCCGCCGGCUGGCAGACCAUCCUGGCCGACAACCCCGACGCCUCGUCGACCGACAUCCCCGUCGAGUGCUCGCAGCAGUGGCCCGCCGCGCGCAGCGUCGCCUCCCUGCACGCCCUCAGCAUCGGCGGCGGCGGGCGCGAGUACCUGGUCCUGGCCAUGGGCGAGGGCAGCCCCAGCGCCGACGGCCACGCCGCCGCCGCCGCCUUCCUCGACGACGUCUGGACCUUCCAGGCCGUGGGCAGGAAGACGGGCGAGGGGAGGUGGACCCGCGUCGAGGCCAGGCCCCUGGACGACGACGAGUACGACGACGACGACGAGCAAGGCAGGCCCGCGCCGAGGGGCUGGCUGGCGAGUGCGCCCAUGGGCGAUGUCGAGGAGAGCGGCAUCGUCAUCUGGGGUGGGGUGGGCCAGGACAACCAGCGCAUCGGCGAUGGCUGGAUCCUGCGGCUGGGCGACUGA